GAGGAGGAAGCAGGAGUCCUAGGAUGCUCCGCGUGUCCGUGGCAACCGCCGCCGCGUGAGGAGAACAAGAAUGGGUGAAGCGGGAAUUUGGAGAGGGUCCGCCUCUGCCCUGCCGCCUGGCCCCGGCGCUCACGUCCCCGGCUCCCCGGAGCUCGCAGCCGGCCUUCCGGCAUCGCUUGUGGAGCUCUCCCGGCCACUGGCCAGGAGACGCAGGGAAAUGGCCGAGGCGGCUCCUGUGCGGGUGCCUAUAAAGUUUGAGGAUGUGGCUGUGUAUUUCUCAGAACCGGAAUGGAAGAACCUGGACAAGUGGCAGAAGGAGCUUUACAAGCAUGUGAUGACUGUCAAUUAUGAAAUCCUGUUCUCCCUGGACUCUGCCAUUCCCAAACCAGAUUUGAUAUCUCACAUUGAGCGAGGUGAAGAACCAUUCAUUAGAGAUCAUGGGAACUUAAUGAAAAGAGAAAUGGCCAUUAGAUAUGGUCCUGAUAAACAACAUGACUUGAAGAGUGCUUCUACACAUCUGUUACGGGGGGACCAAAAAGUUGUGAAUAUUGACAAGGAAGAGUGUCAUUUACAUGGUCUUCAAAGCCAGGAGCCAUCUAGACCUUUGUCAGAUAAAAAGGCAGAGUUUUGCCAUAGACCUGAAGUCAUGUGGAAGAACCAGUACAUGCAGGACACACUUCCCCAAAAGGAAAAAAUCUGUAGGACUAAACCAUCCAUCCAGAGUGAGGGAGAACCAUGCCACAAAAGCCAGGAUUCACCUAAGGUCCAGGAAACUCCCCCAGAACAGAGAGUCUACCCCUGUCCUGUCUGUGGGAAAAGUUUCCAGGUGAAUGACCACCUGGUAAGCCAUCAGAAGAGCUGUUGCCAAGAGCAGCCAUGCAAAUACCCAAAGUUCAAAAAGCAAUUCAACAAGCCAUCUGAUCCCCAGCUACCCCAAAGAAUUCAAUUAAGAGAAAAACAUUUUCAAUGCAAUGAGUGUGAAAAGAGUUAUAGGCGCCAAGUAGACUUGCGGAACCACCAGCUUGUGCACACAGGUGAGAGGCCUUUCCAGUGUCCUGAUUGUGACAAGAGCUUCCGACAGAAGGGACAAUUACUCAACCAUCAAAGUUUGCAUACUGGGGAGAGACCAUUCCAAUGCCCUGACUGUGACAAGAGCUUCCGACAGAAAGGACAGUUGCUCAAUCACCAGCGUCUGCACACGGGUGAAAGGCCCUUCCAGUGCCCUGAAUGCAAAAAGAGCUUCCGUCUGAAGGCUGUCAUGAAGGCCCACCUAGGAUUACACAGUAGAGAGAGGCCAUUCUCCUGCAGUGAUUGUGGAAAGGGCUUCACCCAGCAAUAUAAGCUCACUGAACACAUUAGAGUACAUAGUGGUGAGAAGCCUUAUCAGUGUCCUGAGUGUGACAAGAAAUUCCGCCUGAAGGCAGUCAUGAAAGCCCACCAUCGAAGGCAUAGUGGAGCAAGACCAUUUUCUGACUCUGGUCUUGGCAAGGGCUUUACCAAACCAUCUUUACUCAGUACCCACAUCAGAAAUCUCAUAGGGGAGAAGCUCUUUAAGUGCCAAGAAUGUGACAAGGGUUUCUGCCAGAAGAGGGACCUUCUCACCCAUCAGCUUACACACACAGGAGAGAAGCCCUUUCAGUGCCCUGAGUGUAAAAAAAGCUUCCACCUAAAAGCUGUCAUGAAGGCCCACCAGCGCUUACACAGCAAGGAGAGGCCAUUCACCUGUGCUGAUUGCGGCAAAGGCUUUACUAAGCAGUCUGCACUCACAGUUCAUAUCAGAGUGCACAGUGGGGAGAAACCAUUCAGGUGUUCUGAGUGUGACAAGACCUUCCGCCUGAAGUCUGUCAUGAAGGCCCAUCAGCGCAAACACAGUGAGGAGAGACCAUUCACCUGCAAUGAGUGUGGAAAGGGCUUUAUUCAAAGGUAUAAACUUACCACUCACAUGAGAAUGCAUACUGGAGAAAAGCCCUUCCAGUGCCCAAAAUGUGACAAGAGUUUCCGUUUAAAGAAAUACCUCCUCAAACACCAGGUUGUACACACUGGUGAGAGACCCUUCCAGUGCCCUGAGUGUGACAAGAGCUUCUGUCGGAAGGCUUACAUGAAAGUCCACCAGCGCCUCCACAGUGGGGAGAGGCCCUUCUCCUGUGGUGAGUGUGGUAAGGGCUUUGUUCAAAAGUAUAAACUCACUGAACAUUUCCGAGUACACACUGGUGAGAAGCCCUUCCAUUGUGCUGAGUGUGACAAGAGCUUCCAUCAGAAGGGCCACCUACUCAACCAUCAGCUUGUACACACAGGAGAGAGACCCUUCCAGUGCACUGAGUGUGAUAAGAGCUUUCGUCUGAAGGCUGAUAUGAAGGUCCACCAGCGCAUUCACAAUGGGGAGAGACCAUUCUCUUGUUGUGAGUGUGGCAAGGACUUCACUCAGAAAUCUGCACUUAAUACCCACCUCAAAUUGCAUGACAAGUUGAAACCCUAUAGUGUCCUAAGUAAGCCAGAAGUUGAUCCUAACAGUGCCAGCCGUUCAGUUCAUUAGAGUUUUGUUGGAGUUAAGACAGAAUGAGAAUUGUAAGAAAUGCAGCAGAACUGUGACUGGCUGGGAAAAUACAGCAGUGGGCAGAGCAGCCUAGUAAGCAGAAGAAAUUUCAUUGGGAAUCACUUGAAGUUUGGAUCUCAGAACUCAGAAUCAGUACUUGGAAUUUGUAACCCCAAAAUAUGUUAGCUUUACUCACCAGCUAUACCCAGGCUACUAUUAGGGUCAUCAUGUAACUUCCAAAAAGUGGCACUAUCUACCUUCAGCUUCUCAAUGGAGAGAAUAUAUUCCACUGAAAAACAGCCAGUGCAGCUUAUGAAGAAUGAACAAGUGCAGAUGUUUUAACUAUACUGACAAACUGAGAUGGAAAGUAUUAAAACCAAGUCAUCAAGUACAUCAAGAGGCUGAAUGGAUAUCUUUAUGGAAUAUGUAUCUAAAGGUCCAAGAAAAUUAGAACAUCAGUCCUGAAACAAAUAUUAGAAUAUUGAAGGAUUUGAAGUACUAGAAAUUAGGAAUUAGUUUUGAGAUACUUUCUUAUUUAAACGACUAAAUCUCCUACAUAUUGCAGGAGAGACCUAGAAAAGUAGGCCUUCAUUUCCUCAUAUUGACUGAGAUGCUCAAAACUGUAGAGAGUUCUAGGAGCACCAGGGGGAAAAAAGCCACCAAGAUCAUACCAUCUUGCUGGGAAUGAGACCAGAAGGUAGCAGAUUCUUGAAAACUCUAAAUGAAGGCAGGAGAAAUAUUCUUUACUAGCAGUUUUAAAUGGCCCAGGGAUUUCCUUAUGUCAUUAAAAACAAUCAACUGAAGAUAAGGCAAUGGGAGUCAAAGAAAAGAACUCAAAGAUUCCAAACCAGAUUGAUGUCCAAGAUUGGAUGAAGGGAAGGGAUGUACCUCAGUGAUAAAGGAAACUCAAUUAAAAACAGAAACAGCUCUGGUACUGAAGAACAAUGUAAUUUGGAGUCCUUUGGGGAUAAGCAGGAGGCAGAUCCCUAUCCCCUCAGCAACAAUUGCAUUGCCAUUGCUGGAGAGUCCCAUCAGCAGAGGAGGAGCACAGGGCAUGAAGCAGAGCUACAUUCAGUCACCUGGAGAAAACCUGGAGAACAUACUGGGAGGUUGUCCUUGCUUUUCUCUGAACGUUCAGUUCAAAGGACUUCGUCUAAUGUCAUUUAUUCCUGUAAGAGAAAUUGGCUGAGGAUAAUGAUAAUGACAAUAUUAAUAUUUAUACCACCUGCCUUCUCACAGGGUUGUUGUGAGGAAAG